AUGCACCUCAAUCUCGGAUUCAUCCUGGGACUCACAUCGUUAGCGACCGCGGCAUUUUCCACGACUACCCGUGAGCGCGAUAUUGUCAACCAUCGACCCACGCGACCUCCUUCAUAUCCUCUGGCUGUUAGGAAUCCGUACCUCUCAACAUGGAUGCCCAGCGACCAAGUACAGACACUGCCAUAUGCAGAACCCCAGUUCUGGGCUGGUCAGAGCCUGACCUGGUCCAUUAUGGCGCGAGUUGACGGCCAGGCGUAUAGUCUGAUGAGUAUCACGAAUCCUGGCGACAGGAUCCGCCCUGCUAUUGUGCGAACCGCUGAGUAUACUGCAACACAUUCUGUAUUUACGCUUUCUGCUGGUCGAGUUAUCUUUACGUUGGACUUUUUCUCUCCGAUAUCUCCGUCUAAUUAUUUAAGGCAUUCGCUUCCAUUCAGUUAUUUGACUGUGAGUGUCUCCGAGGCCAAUUCAAAUGACAUCCAGAUAUAUACAAGUAUCGAUGGCAGAUGGGCUGGGAGAGAGCAAAACACCGCGCGCAGCUUCCAUCGGGACGGCUCCACGUUGGCAUAUGCUCUCAAAGUGAAGGAUGCAGUUCCAUAUACCGAACAAAGCGACAUGGCUACUUGGGGUGAAGCUAUCCUUUCGUCGCAGCGGACUUCUCAAUCAAAGCUUUCCUUUUCUUCGGGGAAGCGCGGAGAGGUGCGCUCCCAGUUCGUUAACCACGGAAAGUUGUCUGGUAAAGACGACACCUGGGUCCCUGGCGAAAUCGUUGCGUUUGCCCAUGAUCUUGGAGCUGUUAGUGGGAAUCAUUCUGUAAAUUUCGCGGUGGGAUAUGUGAGGGAAAAGGCCAUCAAUUACCUAGGGAAGCCGUACACAGGUUACUACAGGGCCGAAUACCCGGAUACUUAUAAAGCGUUAUCGCACUUCUUCGAAGAUUACCCUGCUGCGGCUCUCGAAUCCGAUAUCGUCGACUCUGUGAUGGAAUUGCAGGCCAAGAAUGUAGGCGGUACUAAGUACGCUGAUAUUGUCUCCCUCUCGGCUCGCCAGGCAUGGGGAGGGCUUGAUUUGACCAUACCCAACGACUCACUGGACGCAGACGACGUGCUGGCGUUUGUCAAGGAGCUCUCCAGCAACGGCAAUCUCAACACGGUAGACGUCAUCAUGCCUGCACUUCCUAUAUACUACGUUAUGGAUCCAGACUAUAUCCGCCUUUUGCUGGAACCAAUGAUGCGCUACCUUGCUGCUGGCCGUUGGCAGCAGCCGUACGUGAUCCAUGAUAUGGGCGCGCACUACCCCAACGCCAUUGGUCAUGAUGACCAAAAGGCAGAACCAAUGCCUAUUGAGGAGUGCGGAAAUCUAAUGGUUCUCGUUCUGGCCUACGUAAGGGCAACUGGUGACAAGGCCUGGGCAGACCAGUACAUCCACCACUUGCGAAAGUAUGCGGACUACUUGGUUGAAAACAGCAUCGACAUUGAACUGCAGCUGUCCUCCAACGAUGCUGCAGGCCCUCUCGCCAAUGAAACCAACCUUGCGAUAAAGGCGGCAGUUGGGCUCAAGGCAUUUGGAGAACUAAGCGGGCUCACCGAGUAUUCGCGGAUCGGCGAAGAGCGCGCCGAGCUCUUCUUCACCCAGGGCCUUGGGACCGACGAGGGAAAAUCUCAUUUCGUUCUGCAGUACCCUAAUGAGCCUGCGUCAUGGAAGACUCCGUACAACCUAUUUCCGGACGUGCUGCUCAACCUCGAAACGUUCCCCAGGGAAGCCUAUCAGAUGGGAGACACGUUCUUCAAGGGCGUCCGUGCGGAGUACGGCGUUGCAUUGGACAACCGGCAGGACUGGGCCAAAUCUGACUGGAACAUGUGGCUGGCGGGCACGUUCGGCGACAAGACCACUCGCCGCGAGUUCAUCCACGAUCUGUGGGCAUACAUGUCCAAUGGCAAACACAACUGGCCAUUCUCCGAUCGCUAUAUCGCCACAUCAGCCCAGGGUAAUGAGCCCGGGCGUCCUGUUCUGUGUCGCGCGCGACCGACAGUGGGUGGCCACUUUGCCUUAGUUGCGCUACAGGGCCCCAAGUGUCUGCAAGCUGCGGUGGCGCGAGAGCUCGAGGAUGCGCAGAAGGCAUCCGAGAUAGUAAGAGAGGAUCUGUAG